AUGCCAACGCUGCCAGAAUUAACGCUUAUUGUGGCCGCCACAAACAAAAUGGGCAUCGGUAAGGCGGGUGACCUGCCGUGGACGGGCCUGAAGAAAGAAAUGUCUUUCUUUUCGCGCGUCACCCGAGCAGCAGCACCGGGGGCAUGUGGUUUAUCUCUUCCCACGAUUAACGCCGUUAUCAUGGGCCGCAACACCUGGGAGAGUAUUCCGCCGCGAUUUCGGCCUUUGAAAGAGCGCCGGAACAUAAUUUUGUCGCGCCGCCCUGACGCCCUGAACGGAAUAACCUCAAGCUCACUUGUCGUCAAGUCGCUCGAAGAGGCGCUCGUGGCCGCAGAUGGCUGUGCGCGAAUCUUUGUCAUCGGUGGCGCCCAGACCUAUGCCGCUGCUCUGACCUUGAGCUCCACAACACGUAUCCUUUUUACGCGCAUCCUUGCGCCGUUCGAGUGUGAUACAGAUUUCCCUCUCGAACUUCGAGAAGAUGGCAACUCGGUGAAGGGAUGGUCACGAACUUCCCAAGUCGACUGGCGGCGUUGGACUGGUGAGGCAGAAACACCAACGUCGCAAUCAGAAAAUGGAACGUCCUACGUCUUUGAAAUGUGGGAAAAAAUAAUACAGAUUGUUUGA